CCCCCCACACCCCCACCGUGGGCCCACCUCUGUCUGCUCUCUCCCCCGUCCUUGCCCCUUCCCCAGCCAUCAGUCCUCCAGGCCAGUCUGGUGCCUCCCCCACAGGCAGCCGGCUUGGGCGGUGGGACGCUUCUGAGGGAAUCACACGUCCCCACACCCAGAGGCCAGGGCGCCCGGCCCUGUCCCUGGGCCCUGUGUCCAGCUGUCCAGACCCAGAGCGGGGACGAGGCCAGGCCUCCAGCUCACGGUGCGUGCAGCCCCUUCCUGCACUGCCUGGGGGACCCUGUGAGUCAUUCCCACUGGGGGGGCAGCACUGUGUACGUCCUUUAUGUUCUGAGAGGCUGGGCUGAGGCCGACGGCCCCAACGGGGGUCACAGCCUGUCUCCUGCUCUGCUGGGCACCAUGACCCUGGGACGGCACCUCGGGAGGUGGGGACAGACGCUGUUCUCCCCGGCCAGAGAUGAAGGCAGUCCCCGUCACCAGGUGGGCCCGGCACAGGCAUGGUGGCCCUGGUCUGUGUCCCCCCCCCCCCCCCCCCGCUUUGGCCUCCAGGCGCUCACCAGACUCCGCCGAGCCCCAGCUCUGGUCCGCCUGACUCCCUGCCAAGUCACUGCACCCCAGAUGGAGGCGAUGGCCAGCCCACGACCCAUCAGUCCCAGCCACCCCAGACGCCCCAGGCCCCUGAGCCAUGUCACAGGGGCAGGCAGGAGGACCCUGGAAGGGCUGCGCUGCCCCUGCGGCCGACGGUGAGCAGGGGGCAGGCCGGGUGGUGGGCAACGGGCCCAGGAGCUCUGAAGCCGGCCCAACGCUGUUGGUCUUGGAUGGUCCGAGGGAAGCCGUGGUGCCUGGGGCAGCAUGAAAGGGUUCUUUCACGGGCCUCUGGGGCAGUGACGCCGGAGACAGACAGGCAGGCAGCAGUGUCCGACCGUGAAAUGGCUCUGGCACGGAUGGUGGCCCCUGGCCUCCUGCUCCUCCUGGGGUUGCCUGGGGGGGCCUGGCCCAGCCUGGGGCCGCCCCGACGGCCGUGUGUGCAGUGCUGCCCGCCCGCCUGGCCCCCCGCCGCCCCCGGCCCCUAUGCCCGCAGGAGCGAUGGGGAGCCGUGGGUGCAGCCGCCUCGCAUGCGGCCUACCAUCGACGUGUCGAUUCUCAAAGGUGAGAAGGGCGAGACGGGGGUCAGAGGUCCCUCCGGCAGGAGCGGGCAGGAGGGCCCGCCAGGCUCCCGGGGCCUUCGGGGCCGCAAGGGCCAGAAGGGGCAGGCGGGGCUGCCCGGCGCCGCAUGUCGGCGCGCCUACGCGGCCUUCUCGGUGGGCCGGCGCGAGGGCCUGCACGGCACCGACGGCCUCCGGGCCGUGCCCUUCGACACGGAGCUGGUGAACCUGGACGGGGCCUUCGACCUGGCCUCGGGCCGCUUCCUGUGUGCCGUGCCCGGCAUCUAUUUCCUGAGCCUCAACGUGCACACCUGGAACUACAAGGAGACUUACCUGCACAUCAUGUGCAACCGGGAGGCCACGGCCGUGCUGUACGCGCAGCCCAGCGAGCGCAGCGUCAUGCAGACCCAGAGCCUGCUGCUGCCCCUGGCCGCCGGUGACACCGUCUGGGUGCGCCUGUUCCACCGAGACCGCGACAAUGCCAUCUACGGCGAGCCCGGUGACCUCUACAUCACCUUCAGCGGCCACCUGGUCAAGCCGGCCGCAGAGCUCUAGCGGCCCAGGGAGGGCCCCCCCAAGGCCCAGCCCUCGGCAGCACCCUUCCCCCAGACACCACCCGGCUCCACCCCACCUUCGAAGCUGAGAGGCCACGCCGGCAGUCUUUGAGGCCCGACUGUAUGCAGUGUUUGAGCAUCAGCUGCAUGCAGGCACUGAGCAGAGCGCCAGAGAUGUGGCUGCAGCCAGACAGACUCGGGGCCUAGCCUGGAGGGGAGGGACACGAUCGAGUGUUCACAUCAACGAGUUUGGGAUGAGACCUGCGGUCUGGGUGGCGUG